UAUAUCCAGUUGGUGUUGGUGGAAGAGGCCUCCAAUGGCAAUCAUCAAAUCAGAUCUACGCCGCCUAUACCUUCCUCCUCGUCUCGCUUUCCUCUCCAGCCCUAGCUUCUUCAAGUCCUACUGCUCUUCUUCCUCAACUUCAGAAGAUCACGAGUCCGACGUCGUAAAAGAUGAGGAAACGCCGCCACUCACCACCCCUGCCGUCGAGUUGUCUCAAUCAGAAACCCUACUUGCAGACAAACUCCACGCCCUAAUCAAAGGCCACCAUCGCAAAAACCCUAACCCCAAUCCCAACCCCGUCCCUCUGACCCCCAACUUCACCAUCCCGUCUCUCUCCUUCGACUUCUCAAAAGCUGGCGCCGCCUCCUCCGAACCGCUCUCCCCAGCCGUCUUCCUCCGGGUGGUGGAGAAAUGCGGCGGCGUCCGCCACGGCAUCCCCUUCCUGCAAACGCUCGCCUUUUUCAACUGGGCCAAGAGUCGCGACGGGUUCGGUACCUCCCCCGAACCCUACAACGAGAUGGUCGACCUCGCCGGGAAGGUCCGACAAUUCGACAUUGCUUGGCAUUUGAUCGAUUUGAUGAAAACAGGAAACGUACAGAUUACAAUCGACACUUUCUCUAUUCUUAUUCGGCGCUAUGUGCGCGCCGGAUUGGCCUCGGAGGCCGUUCACGCGUUUAAUCGAAUGGAAGAUUACGGCUGCAAACCGGACCUAAUUGCGUUCUCCGUCUUGAUUAGCAUUCUUUGUAAGAAGAGAAGAGCAUCCGAAGCCCAGUCAUUCUUUGAUGGCUUGAAAGAUAAAAUUGUUCCCGAUGUGGUUGUUUACACUAACUUAGUUCGUGGAUGGUGCCGAGCUGGUAAUAUCUCCGAAGCUGAGAGGGUGUUUCGUGAAAUGAAGAUGGCUGGCAUCAAGCCAAAUGUGUAUACUUACAGCAUCGUAAUAGAUGCGUUGUGUAGAUGUGGGCAGAUUAGUCGUGCCCACGAUGUGUUUGCUGAAAUGCUCGAUACAGGGUGCGAGCCGAACUCUGUAACUUUCAACAAUCUGAUGAGGGUACAUGUGAAGGCUGGCCGGACUGAAAAGGUCUUGCAAGUGUAUAAUCAGAUGAAGAAGCUUUCUUGCCCUGCUGACACAAUAACAUAUAAUUUUCUCAUAGAAAGCCAUUGUAAAGAUGGCAAUCGCGAGGAAGCAAUUAAGGUGCUUAAUACGAUGGUUAAGAAGGGGUGUGCUCCUAACGCGCAUACCUUCAAUCCGAUCUUUAGGUGCAUCUCCUCGAACUCCCGAGAUGUCAAUGCUGCUCAUAGGAUGCAUGCCCGGAUGAAGCAGUUGGAAUGUAAGCCCAACACGGUGACAUAUAACAUUCUGAUGCGGAUGUUUGUUGAUUCAAAAUCAACUGACAUGGUCCUCAAGCUUAAGAAAGAAAUGGAUGAUGGUGAAAUUGAGCCGAACAUCAAUACUUACCGGGUUUUGAUCUCGCUGUUCUGUGCAAUUGGGCACUGGAACAAUGCCUAUAAGUUCUUCAGAGAGAUGAUUGAGGAGAAGUGUUUAAAACCAAGUCAAACAGAUUAUGAAAUGGUCUUGCAAGUGCUGAGGAAGGCAGGACAGAUAAAGAAGCAUGAGGAACUGGUAGAGAAAAUGGUGGAUAGGGGAUUUGUUGCUCGUCCAAUAUAAAUGGAGUAUGAUCCAUUUUUGCAUCUAUGACUUCGGUCUUGUAAUCCUCACUCCAUCCCUUAUGAAGUUGUCUUGUGGCGAAUUUGAUUAUGCUUGCUUGGACUGCAUUUUUAGAAAUUUCAUGUACCAGUUUGGAAUAAUCUCUGUUUAGAGGAACAACGCCUGUAAGUUCUUCGUAUAGAUAUCUGAUUGAGGAGAAGUGUCUAAGACCAAUCAGACAGAUAAUGGAAUGGUUUUGCAACUGGCCAAGUGCUGAGGAAGGCAGAAGCGUGAGGAACUAAACUGGUAGAGAAAACGGUGAAUGGAGGAUUUGUUACUCGUUCAGUAUUAACAUAAUCCACUAUGAUCCCUUUUGGCAUCGAUGAACUGGGUCUUGGUAAUCCACGUUCCAACUCUCACUGGCAAACACACUGAGGUUGCCUCAUAUCGAAUUUGAUUGGGUGCUCGCUAGAAGUUAACAGUUUUGGGUUGUAUUUUUGAAAUUUCAUGUACCAGUUUGGAAUAGUUUACUUUUGUUAGGGUUUCAAGUAUUUGCUACUGUUUGCGGUUGGAUGUUGAUCUGGUUCUGUAACUAUGGGGAUCAUAAACUUUGUGGUUUGAUGCGUAAAGCUCCAAUCCUGUGAUUGCAGAGUGAUCCAUCGACAACGGCAGGGAUAUUAUAUUGAUCUUUUACC